UUUGUAAAGUGGGAUACAUUUUCCCUAAAUCCCAAUUUUACCCCUCUCAUUUCAAAAUUCUCUCUCUCUCUUCGUCCCCUAUUCUCUCAAACCGAACCCUCUCCAACUCGCAACCCUAACCCCUUCCUCAACCGACGGUGACAGCGCAGCCCAUUCCUCAACCGACGGUGACGGCGCAGCCCCUUCCUUGACCGACGGUGACGGCGCAGCAGAGGACCGACGGUGACGGCGCAGCAAAAAAAUGGCCAAGUCUUCCAAAGUUCCACGACUUUUACUGCCAGUGUCUGAACAUUACACUGGUCGUGUUACUUGGCGGGGCGGUAGUUACUAUUACCCCAAAGUAAAAGCCAAGUUUGUACAAAUGCAGUUGUUGGAAAGGGUGAAGGAGGAAUCCCCUUUCAACAAUUUUUUUGAGAGAGAGCCAUUAGCGUUUUCAGGUGCUCUUAUCCAUCAGCUCUUCAUGCAUAAGAUAAAAUCAGAUAAAGAUGAUGAGGUGCAUUUUUAUAUUGCAAAGAAGAGAUGCCGAUUCGGCCGAACUGAGUUUGCCUUGGUGACUGGGCUUAAUUUGUUACGUGGACCGACUGAGGCUGAGGUUUCGGAGAGGGCGACGUCAGACCGUUUGAUAGUAGAAUAUUUUAAUGGGGAUCCAUCUAUCAGCAUUGGUCGUCUGCGCAGCGUCUUUGAGAGUUGCACUGAGAAGGAUGAUUGUUACAAGUUGGGUUUGGUGCUGUUCGUGAUGGGUGUUCUGACUGGGAAAGAAGAGAAGAACCUGGUUCCCCCAUUUAUCAUUAGAAUGGUUGAGGACCUCCCUUUUUUCUACAAUUACCCGUGGGGGAAAAUUUCUUUCAACUUGUUGAAAGAUACUUGGAGUAAGGACUUCGUACAAAAGAAAAAGCAUAUGGAUGAGAAGAUUGUGAAGGGAACGACUCAGAAGGAGUCAAAGUAUUCGGCCUAUGGAUAUGUUGUAGCAUUGCAGUAUUGGGCUUAUGAGUCCAUCCUCGAGCUUGCUGAGAAAUUUGCAAUCAUAAGAUCGCAUCGCUUUCCCUGAAUGGUGAACUGGGAGAGUAAGGAUGCCCCACUCGGGAAAGAGGAAGUCAUCAGAUUAUUUGCAAAAAAAGUGAGUUUGUUAAUUCAUUGCAUUUGCUUACGUUUAUUUAUU